AAAACCAUCGUCGCAUGUAACAGCCGCAGCGGCGAUGAUCUUCAGGUGACGAAACUCUCAAUGCCGCCAAAAUUUUAAAAAGAAUUAAAUUAAAUUAAAUUAAAUUAAAAAAUCGAGCCCUAUAAAGAGUCCCUUUCUUCCAUCAUUUAAAGCAGAUGUUCCGUUUCCAUCUCCUUCCUCUCCGUCUCAUUCCUCUUUCCCGCUGCUACUCCUCUAGGAAAACCCUAGAUUUUCCCCCUUUAUCCUUCUCGAAUACGAAGAUCCGAUCUCAAAUGGGAGCUUACAGCACGGCUCCGGAGACGUCGAAGCUUCUCUUCCGCCAGCUCUUUGAGAAGGAAUCGUCGACCUACACAUAUCUGCUCGCCGAUCUCGGUCAUCCUGAGAAACCCGCUCUGUUGGUUGACCCAGUAGACAAGUCAGUGGAGAGAGACCUUUCUCUUAUUAAAGAUCUAGGGCUGCAGCUCAUUUAUGCUAUAAAUACACAUGUCCAUGCUGAUCAUGUCACUGGGACAGGCCUGAUAAAGGGAAGGAUUCUGGGUGUGAAAUCUAUCAUUUCAAAAGCAAGCAAUUCAAAAGCAGACAUUCUAGUUGAAGCUGGUGAUAAAAUAUGGUUUGGUAAUCUUUUUCUGGAGGUCCGCUCCACUCCUGGACAUACAUUGGGUUGUGUUACUUUUGUAACUGGAGAUGGACCUGAUCAGCCUCAGCCGAGGAUGGCUUUCACCGGGGAUGCCUUACUAAUACGUGGUUGUGGAAGGACAGACUUUCAGGGGGGAAGUUCAGAUGAGCUCUACAAAUCGGUGCAUUCUCAGAUAUUCACAUUGCCAAAGGAUACGUUGGUUUAUCCUGCUCAUGACUACAAAGGCUUCACCGUUAGUACUGUGGGGGAGGAGAUUCUCUACAAUCCUCGUCUGACAAAAGAUGAGGAAUCAUUCAAGACAAUCAUGGAAAAUUUGAAUUUACCAUAUCCGAAGAUGAUGGAUGUAGCCGUGCCAGCAAAUAUGAUUUGUGGGUUGCAAGAUCUGACCGGAAAGUAACUGAGCUUCUAGGUGGUCAAUGUUUGCAGGUCAAGUCCUUGAAAUGUACUUAAUAAGAAGGCAGGGGUUGUGUAUACUUGGAUCUUGCUGGUCAUGGGAUGGGUUAUUGCUAGAACUUGUACCCUAUGUUUGAAAGCUUAUUUGUUUCUAAAAAUAAAUUUGAGCAUGAUGUUGUAAGUUGUAACCCUCAUGUAUCCUUUCGCAAGGUUGCCCACUCUGCAGUUCUCGUCA